UACAUGACAGCCCUUCUCUUUGAGGCAGGCUGAUAUUCCAGCAGUCACGACGCAGCUCGGCUCGAGAGCUCACGUUCCCUUAAGCGGCUUUCCACGACUGUCAGCCUGUGAGCGAGAUGGCUGCAUGCGGGUGGCGGUACACGAUUAAAGGCUUUCUCAUUUAGCUCUCCGCGUGGCGCCAGGUUGUCCUCCCCAUCGCCUUUUCAGUUGUUGGCUGGAGCUCAUGUCCAGUGUCUUGCUCUGUACUGGGCCUCCAUGAGUUUCACAGAGGACACGAAAUUCUUCCCUGGAAGAUGAGAAAUGCUUCAGACACAACAGCUGUGUUUACCUCUACUAUCUCCAAGGAGUAUGAUGUCGUCAUGGGCUCAAUUUAUAUUUUAUAUUGCGUGCUGUCCCUCCUCGGCAAUUGCAUUCUGUUACUUGUUGCACAUCACAAACGCUCAAGCCUGAAGCCACCCGAGUUCUUCAUCAUCAAUCUCUCCAUCAGUGACCUUGGAAUGACGCUCUUUUUAUUCCCUCUGGCAAUACCGUCAUCUUUCUCACACAGGUGGCUGUUCGGAGAGACCGCCUGUCAACUCUAUGCAAUGUGUGGUGUACUGUUCGGUCUUUGCAGCCUGACAAACCUCACUGCCCUCUCUUUAGUUUGUUGCCUUAAAGUCUGCUUUCCAAAUUAUGGAAACAAGUUCUCUUGGGCACAUGCUCGCCUCCUGGUGGUCGGAGUCUGGUGUUACGCUUCAGUGUUUGCCUUGGGGCCCUUAGCGCAGUGGGGACGAUACGGCACGGAACCCUACGGCACGGCCUGUUGCAUUGACUGGCACGCGCCCAACCACGAGCUAUCAGCCAUGUCGUACAUCGUCUGCCUUUUUAUCUUUUGUUACGCAUUGCCCUCCACCAUCAUCUUUCUUUCCUACUCGUCUAUCCUGCUCAUGGUACGAGGGUCCCGGCAGGCUGUCCAGCAGCACGUGUCGCCGCAAGCUAAAAGCACCAGUGCGCACUCGCUUAUUGUCAAGCUGUCAGUAGCAGUGUGUAUAGGCUUCCUCUGUGCUUGGACUCCCUAUGCCGGUGUUGCCAUGUGGUCAGCAUUCAGUGACGCCGCACGGGUUCCUCCGUCCGCAUUCGCCGUGGCCGCUGUGUUUGCCAAAUCCUCCACCGUCUACAAUCCAGCGGUCUACCUGCUGUGCAAGCCAAACUUCCGCGAGUGUCUCUACAGGGACACCUUCACGUUAUGGCAGAGGAUCUAUACGUCAAGUCCACGACUGGGUGCCACCCCAGAAUCCAGCUAGGACACGAGUAUCCCUGCAUGCUUUUCAAACGGGCAAGUGGACAGAUGUGAGGUCUGUCUUCACUACGUUAACAAUCCUGCCAAGUGUCACGUAAGAUCAACCCAAAGGACUGCUCGCAUCCUGACUGGAUCGGUUCACAGAGAGGUGACACUAAGCCAACUCGCCGCCGCUGCCACACCACUGGCUGACUUCCUCUAGUGGUGCUGCCAAACAAAACAGCACCAGAAACACAUGAUGACGUCACCGGGAAGGUGUUUUUGUGUACAAGUUGCAAGACUUUAUAAAAUUGCGAGAUGGCCAGCUCUUAUUGUGUUCCAAUUCUCUACAUGUCAAAUGUGACCCACCACAUACUUUUUUAUGGCCCCUCAAAGCAAAUUAAGUGUGUUUACUGAAAUGGAUUUGGUCUUUCUCAUUUUGGCAGGAAAAUCUAUUCGAGUAUUUGGUAUGCAACCAAUGAUGAUUUUAAUAAUCAAAUAAACUGUUUCUUUUUAUUUUUGAAGGAUCAAUGAAUCCUAUUGGAAAAAGCAUUUUGAUUUCCAUCCCUUUAUUCAAAAAUUAUAUCAAAUUGACAGUGCAGACAAUGCACAAACCCCAAAAACCGUGAAACUGUGAUGCUCGCAAUUCAAGCAAGAGAGCAGUUUGAUGAAAAGUUCAGUCUGCAGUAGAAGGCGGUAAAAGUCCAAAAUGACAUGCCGUGGGGUGGGUGGAAAUCCAUUAAUCUUAAUUCUUAUUCCAAGAAUACAAGGUUAAUCAGAUUACAGUGAUUAGACUUGUGGGGAAACGUAAAACAUAAUUGCAAUUGAUUUAGUUUUCCCUUUAAAGGAUGGAAUCCAUCAAAUUCUGGCAGCCACUUUUCUCCACAGGGACUCAGUUUUAUUGUGGAACAGUCAGAUUUAGGUGAUGCACUUGAACUAUACUGUCUUGUGUUAUGUGGACACUAUAUUGAUUACAUUACUGAUUACUGAUCCUGGAGCAAUUUUAAUACUACCGGACAUAUCCCAAAACAUGCGCUGUAUAUCACUUCAUGUAUGUGUAGAAAAUACAUAAAAUACACAUAUAAAAUAUUGUGCUCUGUUUGAUAAAGUCGAGUUUUGUUUAUUAAAAAGAUUGAGUGUC